ACACACACGCGCAUCAGGGAUGUCUGUGGACCGACACUGAGACAGACCGACACUGCUGUGUUUCACUGUGCGCGUGUGUGGCGUUUUUCUGCACGCGCAGCUCGGUGGUCGCGUGCCGGUGGUGUUGUGCACUUUGCGCUCCCGGUGAUGCAGCAGCAGGGUCCGCGCGUGCUGAAGGAGGGCGUGCUGGAGAAACGCAGUGACGGAUUGUUACAGAUGUGGAAACGGAAACUCUGCACGCUUACGGAGGAAGCUGUGCUGCUGCACGCGCCCAAACACACGCACCCCCACGCGCCCCCGGCAGGAAAGGGGAAAGAGCUGCAUUUCUCACGUGUGAAGACGGUGGACUGCGUGGAGCGAAAGGGCAAACACGGCUACUUCACCGUGGUGAUGGCGGACGGGAAGGAGAUCGACUUCCGGUGCCUGUCGGAUGAAGGCUGGAGCGCGGAGAUCACGCUGCAGAUGGUGCAGUAUAAAAACCGUCAGGCGGUGAUAGCGGUGCGCUCCACACGCCACAAACAGCACCGGCUCGUCAUCAGCAAACCGGACACACAGGUCACCGUACAGACAGGGGAGAGCCGCGCGCACAGCGGUUAAACAGAUCCAUCAACUUAUCACACAGCCAGCCAAAAGGAUAGACGGAGACCACACACACACACACACACUCAAGUCAAAGACAGUGUGGAACACCAACCUCCUGCCUUCAUCUGUGUGUUUGUUUGUGUGUGUUUGUGUGUGUGUGUUUGUGUGUGAGUAAAUCAGCAGCUUCCUCUUCAUUCAUCAUUCCAAAGACACCUUGUCUAUUUACCCAACUUCUGUGUCAGCUUAACUGAACACUUCUUCCCAGUGUACGACAUCAUGACUGAUGAUCUCAUCAGUGAUUUUUACCAACACUCUUUUGUGUGUGUGUGUGUGUGUGUGUGUGUGUGUGUGUGUGUGUUUCAUAUGCAGUUAAAGCUGUUUUCAUAAAUAAACACU